AUGAUAAGACAAUAUCAAUCACUACAUAUACUCUUAUUAUUAUUGUUAUUCAUGUUCACAAUUCAAGUACAAUCAAUAUCAACAGAUAUUGAGGAAUUGAUAAAGGAAGGAGAUAAUUUCUUUAAACAGAGUAAAUUCGAUUCAUCGUUGGAGAAAUAUACGUUGGCAAUAGAUAGGAUUGGAGAUGCUUCAGAGAGUGAUGUAUCUUCUUUGACCGGUUUGUUGUUUAAACGCGCCGGAAUAUAUCAGGCGAAACAUAGGUACACAAUGGCCUUAUCCGAUGUAAACAGGGCAUUGCAAUACAAUCCAGACAACAUUCAUGCCAAGAACAAGAAGGCCAAGAUCCUGACGUCAUUGGGUCGCUUCGAGCAGGCCAAGGAGGAGUAUGGCAUCAUCCUCAAGGCAAAGCCAAACAAUGCCGAGGCCAUCAAACAGAUGGACAUUAUCAGCAAGGUUUCACAGCGAUUGACAACCGUGCGCAGUCUGAUGGAGAAGCAACAGUAUGCCGAAGCAAUCCCUCAUAUCAAUCAGGUCCUGGAGGCGGCCAGCGAGAUCAAAGAGCUCAAGCUCAUGCGCGCUGAGGCUUCAUUCUUUACUGGCGACUAUAGAAAGACUAUCGAAGACACUUCCAGUGUAUUGAAAUCCGAAGGUUCCAACACUGAAGCACUCUACUGGCGUUCAAGAGCAUUCUUCUCCAUCGGUGAGAAGGAGGCCGCCAUCAAAUACCUAAAGGAUGCACUCAACUUUGAUCCAGACAAUGAGAAGGCAAAGAAUCAGUUAAAGAACAUAAACAAGUUUGAUCAAUCAAGUACCAAAGCCAAUGAGUAUUUCAGUCAGAACAGGUUUGAUGAAUCACUGCGAGAAGCCGACACUGCCUUGGAAAUAGAGUCCAACAAUCCUUUAUACACAUCACCAUUGUUAUUACUAAAGUGUAAGGCUCUGUUGAAGUUGAGGAAGGCACAGGAAUCGGUAAAGGCCUGUACAAAGUUGAUAGAGAUGGAGGAGAAUGCCGAUGCAUUCUACAAUAGAGGAGAGGCCUUUAUGUACUUGGACGAGCACGACCGUGCGUUGGCCGACUUCCAAAAGGCAAACCAACUGCGACCAAACGACGGUGCGAUCCACGAUGGAAUUCGUCGUGCACAGCAGAAGCAAAAGAUGGCCUCGCGAAAGGACUACUACAAGAUCAUGGGCAUUGACAAGUCGGCGUCGGCCGCAGACAUCAAGAAGCACUACAAGAGCCUGGCCAGAAAGCACCAUCCAGACAAGGCCGACAACCAAUCAGAAGAGGCCAAGCAGAAGUUUGUGGACAUUGUCGAGGCGUACAGUGUGCUGUCCGAUCCAGAGAAGCGCGACAAGUACGAUCGUGGCGAGGAUGUCGACGGACAACAGCAACAUCAGCAACAGCAUGGCCAAGGCUUCCCAUUCGGCUUUGGAUUCCCUGGUGGACAGACCUUUAGCUUUAACUUUGGACAUCAA